AUGCUGUUCACUCCCCUUUUCGCUCUGACUUUCGCCGCCAUCGCGCCGAUUGUCACUGCCUAUCCCAUCACCGGCGAUGGCGUCAAUUGCCGCUCUGGCCCCGGAACAUCCUACUCUGUAGUCAAGAGCUACAAGAAGGGAGCCGAUGUUUCCAUCACCUGCCAAGCACCCGGCACUGAUGUCAAAGGCGACAGCAUCUGGGACAAGACUGCCGACGGCUGCUAUGUUGCUGACUACUACGUCAAGACUGGAAGCAGCAGCUAUGUUACCAAGAACUGCGACGACAGUGGGAGCGGCAGUGGAGGUGGCAGCAGUGGCAACCUCCCCGGAUUGACAUCGACCCAAUCCAAGCAUGCGAAGGCCAUUAUUGGAGAAGCAAAGAAAGAAGGCCUGGGCCGCCAGGGCUGUCUUGCUGGUAUCGCAACUGCGCUUGUUGAGUCUAGUAUCUAUAUUUAUGCCAACAAAAAGGUGCCGGCUUCCCUCAACUACCCGCAUGACAAGGUCGGCUCCGAUUACGACAGCGUUGGAAUCUUCCAGCAGCGCGCUGUUUACUAUCCCAAUAUUGCGGCCGAUAUGGAUGCCGCAAGGUCCGCUGGGCAGUUCUAUGCCAAGAUGAAGGGUAUCAGUGGUUGGAAGUCUAUGGAGGUUGGGAAGCUUUGCCAGAAGGUGCAGGGCUCGGCGUAUCCUAGUCGGUACGCGGAGCGUCUUCCUGAGGCAAAGAAGAUUUGCGCUGCUGGCGGUUUGUAG